GAGGGGAGCCUAUGCAGUGAGGCGUCCCGUGACCUGACUGGAGUUGUGAUGUAAACAGUCAGUGUGUUUGAGAUUCUGGUUUGGAUGAGAUAAUCAUGGGCCCAGGCCAUGUGCUACAGAACUAACUGCAAACUUCAUCUUAGGAUUAAAAUUUGUAACAUGUAACCUACACGUUUGACCCACCAGUGUAAACGUCGCAGCAUUUCCGGUGUGCAGCAAGUCUGUUCUAAACUUGUUCACCACCGAAGCAUUGCUUUGGCUCAGAUGGGCCAGUCGAAAGAAGAAACCCUGCAACGAUACCAUAAACUGGAGCAUGUUCUCUAAGGUGGUGUUGGGAUGCGGGUGUGUUUUGUGGAUGUCUUUUCUUCUUUGGUUUAGAACACAAGUGUGGGUUUUACUCACAUGCUCAGCACCUGAGAUUCAGGCAGGCCCCUGCAAGCAGGCCUGUGAAUUACAGACAUGGUGGUCUGUCCCUCUCCUGUUCUGGCCUGGGAGCUGGGGUUGGAAUGGUGGCUUUUGCAAGGAAUUGUAUUUCAGGCGAGUACUGCUCAGCGUUCAAGGUCAGGCCUUCUGUGACUGUGCACGAUUUUCCACGUGACGAGAACGACUCCAGAGCACAGUACAUGCUAUGAAUUGUGAACUCCAUAACUGGAAGCGGAUGUCAGAUGGGAGACGACCUUUGUCAUGUGUGUUGAGCCACGUUGCAAAGAAAAAUGCUGUUCAGGGGCUCUGCAGUCACACCUGGCUUGGCUGUGUUUCUCCAAAAGUCAUGUGCGUGCAUUUUGUCUGAAUGGAAUCAUAAAAGUUCACCAGAAGAGCUUAUGAUUAUAGGAAUUCUGGGUGGACGUUUUCCCGUAGCCCACCUAUGUGGUGUGUGUUGAAAGGUGUGUGUUGCUGGAGAUUCCAACAUCUUUCCCCAAUGGGUGGACUCAGUGAGUGGACUCAGGAAGGCCCGUGUGUCUGGCAGGUCCUGUUCGUGCGUGCCCUUGGGAAGUUGAGGAUCUGGGUCAUGAGUUUUGUGCCCUGAUCCUUAGGCGGGGGUGGCGUGGGCAGCCAGGGCUGUAGCCUAGAGCCUUCUCUUUCUGGCUCCUCCAGGGAAUGUGCCCGCUUCCUCCACUCUCCAGGCCUCCUUGCUUGAGUGGAGGCCCCCCUUGCUGUGGCCUACACCACAGAGGAAUUGCUGGAGCAGUCGCUGUGUCAGCACAAAGAUACAAAAUGAGACUGUGUGAAGGGGCGGGCUGUCAUCUCCAGCAGUGCCGGGAGCAGCUGGCAAGGCCACGCCUCCUGUCUUUGUAAUACCAGAGGAGAGCACAGACUGACUGGAACCUCUGUCCCAUCCUUGGAAAUGGUUUAUUUGCAGCUAACGCAACUCUCACUGGAGUGGGUCCUGGAGCUGGGGCAGGCCCAGGAGAGGAUUCAAGGCGCACACUGCCCCCAGGCUGUGCCUGCGUCUGCUCUCUGCCAUGCUCCGCUAUGUUCGAGGCCGUGCCCUCUCAGGAGGGUCUGCCCUGUGGGUUUCUGUAUAGGAAACCCUCUGCAGGACCCGAAGGGCAGGAGCAGGGGCAUGCCUGGGAGGGAAUGCAGAUUCACUGGGCAGGCACAGCUGGCACAGUGAAGCCCAGCACACCAGAUGGGUCAUCAUUUGCUGUUUAAAAUACAUUCACAUUUCUUUCUUGAUUAGACUUUUAAAGAGUCAGUUAUCGAUUUCUGAGUCUUAGAAAAUAAUUAGUAUCUGCUAAAGCUUUUGAAAAUGAGGUUAGUCGAUAUACCAGUUAUGUUUCCCUCAAAGUUUAUAUUCAGUCGACAGUCAUGUAUUCGUUAACACCACAGCACACCGGCACUUGAACCGGGAACACCCUGUGGGUGUCUGGCCCCACUGCUGAGGGAGGUGGGCUUGAGCUCAGAUCGGUGAGUAGAGGGAGGUGGCAAGGCCUAGGGGGCGGCCAGGGAACAGGGGAGGUGGGCCUGGGGGCUUGUGUGGGACGUCUGCGUGGUACCAGGGAGAGGCCCAUCCCCCUCCACUGGCAGCAAGGGAGGCUGGCGUCACUGUGCUCGUGUGCUGGAAUUGAAACACCUUUUUUUUGAGGAGCAAAAGCAUCAGCACCCAUGGAGGGUGGAGCUGUGCUGGCCACAGCGUGCAGUGGGGCAGCUUCCUCUCUGCCUCCCCUGUCUUCCCGUCCUGGCCCCCACAGCCCCUCAGCUGGGCCUCCCCUAGGCCUCCCCAGGCCACUCUCCAGGCCACCAGAGGGACCCUGCUGUCCCUUGCUCAUCACUGUCCCGCAGAGUAAACUUUGUGCUGCUCGGUGCGGGCCCCCUGCUGCUCUGUCCCGCUCAGCAUGGCUUGUCCAGGCAUGGAGGCUCUCCCUUGCUACCUGGAGGCCAGUUAACUUCUAUUUCCCUCUCAGUUCUUAGCCAGCCUCUCUUGUCUCAGGAAAAAAAGCUGGAAAAACAUCAUGGUGCUCAGAAUGCAGAUACUUCAUUCAUGAGGAUUGCCUCAUUUGUCAGCAUAAAAUAUAGCACGGUUAGUGACAUGGCUGCCUGGAAAUCUGGGCUCAAGCCAUCCUCUGGAGUAGCUGGGAUCACCAGUGUGCACCACUAUGUCCAGCUAAUUUUUAACUUAUAUUCAUUUUCUGUAGAGACAGGGUUUUGCUAUGUUGCUCAAACUCUUGGCCUUGAGUGAUCCUCCCGCCUUGGCUUCCCAAAGAGGUGGGAUUAUAGACAUGAGCCACGGCGUCCAGCCUGCCUGAUCGUAUUUUUAAAUAGGUAGUGUGUGCCCGUGUGCUGGAAUGGACACAGAGCGGGACCGGCACCUGAGCCUGUUUCUGAGGCAGGGCAUGCCAUUCAUGUUCUGUGCCCAGGGACGUCCAGCCAUCUCUGGUCUGCCAUCUCCCAGCACUGGGCUGGACAUCCUGCACCUUCCCUGUGGCCAAUGACCAAGUACACCCCAGCAACAGGAGCUGGUUCUGGGCAUUUAUACUUUAUAUUUUGAUCAGUGUCAUCAGAGGGCUCGAUCCGUGUUUGCUCCUCCCAGCAGUGCAGGAGGUGCUUCUUGGCUCAGACGUCACUGACACCAUGAUCUUGGCCAGGAGGACGGCUGCAUACUGCUUGAGGCCUCGGCUCAUGGCCGGCAUCCUGUGGUGAAGCCGGCACGCGUGUGAGUGUCCCGGUGCCUUCUCCUACUUGCUGGUUGCCUGGACCUCUCUUUUCCUUUCGAGUUGACGGGCGCUGACCUGAAGGACUGCGUGAGCAACAACAGCCUGAGCAGUAAUGCCAGCCUCCCCAGCGUGCAGAGCUGCCGGCGCCUGCGUGAGAGGAGGGUCGCCAGCUGGGCUGUGUCCUUUGAGCGCCUGCUACAGGACCCUCUCGGUGUCCGCUACUUCUCUGAUUUUCUAAGGAAAGAGUUCAGUGAAGAAAACAUCUUGUUCUGGCAGGCCUGUGAAUAUUUCAACCAUGUUCCUGCACAUGACAAAAAAGAGCUUUCCUACAGGGCCCGGGAGAUUUUCAGUAAGUUUCUGUGCAGCAAAGCCACCACCCCGGUCAACAUCGACAGCCAGGCCCAGCUAGCAGACGAUGUCCUCCGUGCACCUCACCCGGACAUGUUCAAGGAGCAGCAGCUCCAGAUCUUCAAUCUCAUGAAGUUUGAUAGCUACACUCGCUUUCUGAAGUCCCCACUGUACCAGGAGUGCAUCCUGGCAGAAGUGGAGGGCCGAGCACUUCCAGACUCGCAGCAGGUGCCCAGCAGCCCGGCUUCCAAGCACAGCCUCGUUUCAGAGCACUCCAGUGUGUCCACGCCAAAAAAGUUAAAUGGAAAAUCCAAAUCCGGGCGAUCCCUGAACGAAGAGCUGGGAGAUGAGGACAGCGAGAAGAAGCGGAAAGGCGCAUUUUUCUUGUGGUCGCGGACCAGGAGCACUGGGAGGUCCCAGAAGAAGAGAGAGCCCGGGGACCACGCAGACGACCCCCUGCAUGCCAAUGGAGGCCUGUGUCGCCGAGAGUCCGAGGGCUCUGUGUCCUCUUCGGGGAGCCUGGACCUGUCGGAGGCCUGCAGGACCCUGGCGCCCGAGAAGGACAAGGCUACCAAGCACUGCUGCAUUCACCUCCCGGAUGGGACAUCCUGUGUGGUAGCUGUCAAGGCAGGCUUCUCCAUCAAAGAGAUCCUGUCCGGACUCUGUGAGCGGCAUGGCAUCAACGGGGCGGCCGCGGACCUCUUCCUGGUGGGCGGGGACAAGCCUCUUGUGCUGCACCAAGACAGUAGCAUCCUGGAGUCAAGGGACCUGCGUCUAGAAAAGCGCACCUUGUUUCGGCUGGAUCUAGUACCGAUUAACCGGUCAGUGGGACUCAAGGCCAAGCCCACCAAGCCCGUCACGGAGGUGCUGCGGCCCGUGGUGGCCAAGUAUGGGCUGGACCUCGGUGGCCUGCUGGUGAGGCUGAGUGGAGAGAAGGAGCCUCUGGACCUCGGCGCCCCUAUAUCAAGUCUGGACGGACAGCGGGUUGUCUUGGAGGAGAAGGACCCUUCCAGAGUAAAGGCAUCCACAGAUAAACAGAAAGGCGCUCCAGUCAAACAGAACACAGCUGUCAGUUCCAGCUCCAGAAACCACUCGGCUACGGGAGAGGAAAGAACACUAGGCAAGUCUAAUUCUAUUAAAAUAAAAGGAGAAAAUGGAAAAAAUGCUAGGGAUCCCCGGCUUUCAAAGAGAGAAGAAUCUAUUGCAAAGAUUGGGAAAAAAAAAUAUCAGAAAAUUAAUUUGGACGAAGCAGAGGAGUUUUUUGAGCUUAUUUCCAAAGCUCAGAGCAACAGAGCAGAUGACCAACGUGGGCUGCUAAGGAAGGAAGACCUGGUGCUGCCAGAGUUCCUUCGUUUACCGCCUGGUUCUACAGAACUGACCCUCCCCACUGCGGCUGCCAUGGCCAAGGGCUUCAGCAAGAGAGGCGCAACAGGCAGUGGCCGGGAGAGUGCCUCCCAGCCCAGCGAGCAGUGGGAGCCCGCCCAGGAGAGCAGCGACAGCCCAUCCACCAGCCCGGGCUCUGCCCCCAGCCCCCCUGGGCCUCCUGGGACGACUUCCCCUGGGCAGAAGUCUCCCAGCGGGGCCUUCUGUACCCCCCAGUCCCCCAGCUCCCUCGAGCAGGAGGGCACCACACAGAUCUGGAAGAGGCAGUCUCGGGAAGUGGAGGCCGGGGGCAUCCAGACGGUGGAGGAUGAGCAUGUGGCUGAGCUGACCCUGAUGGGGGAGGGGGACAUCAGCAGCCCCAACAGCACCUUGCUGCCACCGCCCUCUGCCCCCCAGGACGCGCUGGAACCUUCAAGACCAGGAAGCAGGGCCCACAGCGGCCGAGGCCUCCCAGUUAACAGAAUAAUUGACGUGGAUCUCGUCACUGGCUCAGCGCCUGGGCGGGGUGGCUGCACCAUGGGGGCAUGGGCUGGCCCUGGGAGGUCCCAGGUCAGCAGUGGGUCUCCUACGUCAGACCUCCCCAGCCUGAGCCCCGUCCCGGGUGAGCCUGCCAAGCACAAGGCCAGCAUGCACCACGCCACCUUCGUCUGAGCUGCCCUGGCCUGGCCGACUCUCCUGUGGACACGUCGGGUCGGGGGCAGCCCAAGUGGACUCUCUGGGCCUCAGAAGGGCCACCUGGCCACCAAACCCUCAGGAGCAGAGCCAGGAGGGCAAGGGGUGACCUCGCCGGAGGGACUGGCCCCGGACACUCGCCGUGCUGGCCAUGAGGCUCCCAGGCCCAAGCUCAAGGCUGCCCAAUAAAGCGCUUCUGAGGACCCAA